AUGGACGAGCGACGUGAAUCUAUUGCCCAUCUGGACGAGUGGCGGCUUCUGGUCGACGUGUGCCGUAUUUUCGCCUGCAAACAUUCUUGGACCGCGCGUAGUCCAAACGAAGUGGAUAAACUAUCAGUAAAAAGACAAGCGGAGCUAUUUAAAGUCAACAUCGACGAAAUUGGAGUUCAUGUUGACACCGAACUUGUUCUCGGCGCAGACGCCCGCGAUGAUUUCAUACUGGCAAUCGAAGCUCUGCUCUCCAACCUGGAGAGUCUUGUAGACGAGAAACGCCUCCCAAUGAAGGGACAGGCUCAUCUCCUUCACAGAUUUCCGAAACUCGUAGCGCUGAAGACAAUGCUCGAUCGAGGAGAACCUCUUUCCAUCGAUAAUUUCGGCCAAUACCUUCAUCUUUCUCAGGAUGCCAGGAGUUUCAAAAGAACGCGGUUUGCAGUCCAAACGUUUAAUAUUUCGUCAAGAGUCCUGUUGGGAGACACUAGAACUGUCUCUCUGCAAGCGGCCUCAGCAGACACUAGUACCCUUGCUCCGGUCUAUCAUCCUCAAAGCAGCUUCAGUCCGUCUUUCUGGAAUGGCUCCAAACGUUUGUUCGACCAUCUGGUUGUAAACGUCCAAAAGUGCGAUGAAAAGAAUGUUAAAAAGCAGGAGCACAAGUUGCUGCUGCGAUUGAAAAACAUUUCAGACUACUAUGGGCAAGAUGGGAUGCAUCCGAGGAUUAGCAUCUUGCUUGCAUCGUGCUUGAACCCGAAGUCUUGGCACCAAACGAUAUGCUCCAUCCCAUCCCAAAGCUUGACGAAGUCCGAAACCUUCAUUCCAAAUAUUUGUCUCAAGGCACGUGAAAUGUUCCUAGAUGAGCGGUUGUUUUGGAUCGAGCUGUGCAACGAGCAAUUUAUCGACAAGUCCGAUCUCGUGUUUGGUACUCCGCUCGACCACCCACCUACAGAGCACACGAAGUCGUUGUCUGAUCUCUUGGCGGAGAAAAUAGUGUCAGACCGCUAUCAAUUCCGACCGGAAGACAAGAGAAUCAUAGCCUUCAACCUCGCAUAUGCGCUACUCCAGUUUUAUGAAGGGCCGUGGAUUCAGACCCUUUGGACGCCAGACCAUAUUCACUUCAUGUAUGAAAAAGGCACCAGCACCGUUUACGACAUCCGCCAACCGUACAUUUCCUGCAUUCUAUCGAAUGAGCCUCCUCAAAUGGGCUCACUGGAUUCUGCUCACAAAUACCCUUUGAUGCUUUCUUUUGCCAAGCUGCUACUGGAGCUGGAGAUAGGAGAGCCAGUACAAGCUCAAGAGAGGCGCAACGGUGCAUCAAGCGUCCUGCAACCUUUGAUUGCAUAUUGUGAGACCAAGAGUAAAGAGCAGCUCGACAGACACUAUGCCAAAGCUCUUAUAGCCUGCGUGAAGUUCCAGCAGUUUCUCAGUGAGGAAAAAGAGAGGGACCCAGGAACGACAUGCCGUGAUGUUAUUCUGCAUCGCAUUGUGCAUCCAUUAGAAGAGCGCCUCAACGAGUCUCCGAAAACGGCAAAGUGGAACAGUAGAAAUCUUGAUCUGAAGACCGGAAUUCCUGUUCAAGAGCCGCUCGAUGAAGACAAGGUCUCCAACUCCAUUAGUUCCGAGGGGGACAAGCGUUUCAGAAGGAUCCAGCCGCCCUUCGACCCCCCAACCAUCCCAAUCGACGACUGCACCAGCAAGAACAUCGAGAGAGCCGCGCAGAUCCGUAAAUCCGGCGUAUGGAGAAGACUUGUGGUCGGGAUUUGGCAAAUGCUUUUCUCUGAUGAAAUCUCAACGAAAACUUUCGAUUACUUGAAUUCGACGGUCAGCAAGUGGCUUCUAUACAAACCACGAUACGAUAAGCCCAUCAAAAUCGCGGUCCUGGACACCGGGUUGGACGGUGAUCAUGAAGACUUUCAGAGAGCGAGGACAACCACGUUCACAGGGAAGUUUGGUGAUGAACCUAACCCAAUGCACAACGAAGACCCACAGAUUAAUCGUAUCAGAAGCUAUCGAAAUUUCUGCACCACUGAACAAGCAUGCGACCACAAUGUCACUGAUCAAGACAAUGAAGACACUCUCGCAGAUGUCCAAGACUUUGACGGCCAUGGCACAAAAGUCGCAGGUAUAAUUCUCCGCCUGGCUCCUGAUUCAGAGUUAUUCAUUGCAAAGGUUUGCAUAGGAGGCGAGAGGAAACUUCCAGCGGAGGAGUCAAAGUUCCAAAAGCCGGAACCUGACGUUGUUGCAGCGGCAAUUAGGUGGGCCAUUAAAAAAGGAGUUCACAUCAUAAACUUGUCUCUAGGGUUUCGAAAUUACGGAUCGAGGCUAGACGAUCUACAACGCGCACUGGAAGAAGCAGCCAAAGCCCGAAUUGUCAUUUUUGCCUCCACGACCAACGAGGGUUAUCACGAAAAAGUAGCGUGGCCGGCUAGCGACGCUAACUUCGCUCUGGGUGUGAGUGCUUCCGUAGAUAAUGGCGGGACGAAGUCGAGUUUUACUGGAAUGCAUUGCCCUCAUGGAGCGAAUUUGAUGGUCGUAGGCGAAAACAUUCUGUCUCAAAGGCUGGGCGGAGGCUUCACCGUCUGCAAUGGUUCCUCUUUUGCGACGCCAGUGGCAGCUGCAAUCGGCGCCCUCGUUAUGGCCUUUAUCGAGCAGCUAGUGUGCCGAAAGAAUCGAGAGGAAGCUAGGAGCAGCAUAAACCCGGAAGACAUUCACACUAACAGCGGGAUGCUCAAGGUGUUAAAGGGAAUUAGCUCACGCCCGGAGCAACACUAUUGGACCCUCGAUUCUCAGCUAUUCUGGGCGGACUACGAGGCUUCUUCGAGUAAUGAUGAAGGAAAGGCGAGAGAAUUUGCAUGGAGCAUAAUAAAAAAAGCUCUGCACCGAGGAGGGUCUAGAUAG